AUGGAUGUUGUGGAUGUUGUUGAUGAUACACAGACAUACAGAUACUUUGAUUCGUCAUGUCUUAAAGUAGGCAAGGGAAGAAGGAACAACUCUGAUACUGGUGUUUCAGCUAUCAAGGAUGAUAACUCGGUAGAAAGAUGCUUCGAUAACUUAACUAUUAAAGUCAAGACAAGGAUCAAGCCACCAGUUGGCAGGGGAAAGAACAACUCUGGUGCUCCAGCUACAUGGAUAGACAGAUACUUCAUGAACAUAAGAUUUAGACUUGCACAUGAUGGUUCCCUAAAAAAACCUACAUAUCCAAGAUCUGAAAUCAAGGAACCAUCAAUAGAUUUACAGUCUUCACUUAAGAUGUUUUUCCAAGAAGCAGCAUGUGAUGCAGAUGACUGGACGGAUGUCAACAUAAGGUACCGUGACAGGAGGUCAUUCCGUAAUUUUCUUGACCUGUUAGAACGAUCUGGCCUGGGAAAGUAUGCCUUCAAUGAGGACGAUGACAUCAAUAUUAGGUACCCGCAAGAUAGAUAUUGGUUGACCCAGAAGGGGUCAUCAGAUGUUGUGGUUGCAAAUAAAUGCUAUGAUGGAAGCUUGUCGUUGAUGAAACUUUUGGAAAGAAUUUCUUCAGUAUCUGGCGAUGAUUUCAGGCGAGAGCAGGCUCGUUUAUUGGGGUCUUUCCUCAAUCACCUCAUCAAGAUACAACAGGAGCAGCGGUCUGUUGCAAAUAGCUUCUCUGAGCAUCUGGAACAAUUGAGAAAGUUUGGUGAUGGAUAUAGGCACAAGUGUCCUCUUAUCCUUUCCGAGACCCCCGUGAACUACUAUGUUUGGAAACAAAAGCACCUAUUCGAUAGUCUGUGUAUCAUGUCAUGUGAAUCGGCUUGGUUGCUGAGGAAACUCAAGGAUUCCCCUUUUACUAGUCCCUCAUCCAUCGAGGAGUCCAACAAGAUUCUUGGCAGCUUCUUUGUUUAUAUUCUAGAGUUCAAGAGAUCAAAGGAAUUGUUGGAUCUGUAUCUUCUCAGGAUAAAUGGCCCCUCACGUUAUUCUCCGUUUCGAUUGAUUGCGCGUAAGAGCAAGUCUUAUGGUGGAAUCCAAGCCAUUCCAAGUAUGGAAAAAUCAUGGAAUGUCAAGUCUAAUGGCUUCCAAGUUGGGAUAUUCCACACAAAAUCCAACCAGUGUUCCAUGAUUUCAUGGAAGGGUGGAUGGAAUCCAAGUAAAACGCUAAUCAGAUUAGCGCACUAG